AUGACAAUAGAAUUGUAUUUACGGAAGGAAAAUAGUUUGAGUAAAAAUGGUAGCGUUAAUAAGAAAAUUUCUGGAUCAAUUGCGAAGAAAGCCCAAGCCUAUUUACAUGCGGUUGAACAAAGCAACGGCCAAAAAGUGACGAAGAUUCAGAAGUCUGGUCUUCCUCGGUUGGAGGCUCUAGAGAGAGUUUCCCAUAUACCGAUAGUGGAGUCUGGCAUCGAAAUGACAGAGAAAAUAUAUUCACGAAUUAAGGAAUCAAACCCAUUGAUUCGUUGGUACAUGUCAUUUGGGGAGAAGUCGUUAGCCACUGGCUUCCAGUUGGCCUUACCAGCAGUACAUCUUCUGGAGACGCCUAUACAUCAGCUAGACAGAUUCCUCUGUAUGUCACUUGAUGUGGUGGAGAAAAGGGUGCCGUCGAUUUAUCUGCCACCACAAGCCUCCGACCGUUGCCAGAUGUAUUCAGAGACGCGUCAGUACGUGCUCCGUAGGGCGGACUCCGUGAAGCAGCUUGGAACUGCUGUGUUGGACUCACGUGUGACUGCUGCUACAGCUAGUGCCUUGGACCGAGCACUUACCACCGCUGACAAAUACGUGGACAAGUACCUACCACCUGACUACCAAGAUGCAGCUGAUGUGACUAGUGCGGAGGUAGGUGAUAAUGAAGAGUCUGGUCGAGCUCGUGCAGCACAAGCCGUGCAGCACGGCGCCAGGCUCAGCCGCAAGCUGCAAAGACGACUUACAAGACAGGCCCUGGCUGAGGCGAAGGCUAUCAAAGAACAAAUACACGUGCUUGUGUACGUAGCUGAACUGGUGGCGACGGACCCAGCUCUCGCCUGGAAGAAAGCCAAGCAGUUGUAUUCUAAUCUCUCACAACCAGAGCCAGAAAAUCAGGCGCGUCCUGACACAUUGGAACAACUGCUCGUGCUGUUAGCCAGAGAGUCUGCCAGGAAACUAGUACACCUCGUUAACUACACUCAAGAAGAUCUGCCUAAAAACAUCCGUCAAGGAUAUAACCUGGUGACCAGGCAACUCACUGUCGCUACGAACGCUUUGAUGAAGACUCUCCCCGUAGACUCCGCUAUGAGCGAGGUCCGCAGCCUCCGCUCCCGGCUCCAGGAACUCCUCAAUCAGCUACAAGCCACAUCCAAAACUUAUUUGGAACAUUUGGCAAUGCUGGUGGCUGGUAACGAGGAACGAGAGAAGAUAGCUCCACGCGGCUACGAACGUUCAGAAAAUGUCACAUACAAUGGAGUCAAUUAA